AUGCCCACUGGCUUUCUCCUUUCACUUCGAUCUCUUCUCACAUCUGUCAGUAGAGUCAUUACAAACCGCCGAAUCCUCAGCACCCCGUCCACGGGCAUCGAAAAAAUGGCUGCUCCCUACAUGCCCCAGGACCCUCAGGCCGUCUCGAGCCUGCUGCAUGCCCUAGAGAACUCUCGGAAAGAGAAGCGACGUGGAGGAUUCUCGGUCAAGAAGACGACAUAUGACGUCAAAGGAUCUCAGGAUGGCAUCCAGGUCGACUCUUGGAGGAUGCAAGACUGGGACUACAAGCGACGCGACAUGCCUACUUAUGCUCGAGGCCUCUUUACGGCAAAGACGAGGAGGGAUGGACCCGAGAUCGCCGUGAGAGGCUACGACAAGUUCUUCAAUACCGACGAGGUCCAUGAGACAAAGUGGGAGAACAUCUUCACGCGAACCCAGGGCCCCUAUGAAUUGACUCUCAAGGAGAACGGCUGCAUCAUCUUCAUUGCUGGUCUUGAGGAUGAGACUCUGAUAGUUUGCAGCAAGCAUUCUACUGGUGAUCGGUCAGACAUUCAGGUUAGCCAUGCGAGCGCGGGCGAGCAGCGUCUUGAGCAACAGCUGGCUGCCAUCGGCAAGACAAAGAGAGAUUUGGCACGAGAGCUCCGCAAGAGAAAUGUCACUGCUGUCGCCGAACUAUGCGAUGACACAUUCGAAGAGCACAUUCUGGCCUACGGUCCUGAUAAGGCAGGCCUAUACCUCCAUGGACUCAACCUCAACAUGCCCGAGUUUGCCACAUAUCCUAGCCCCCUCGUCCAAGAGUUUGCCGACGAGUGGGCCUUUCGAAAGACGGGUCUCAUCAUGAUGGACGACAUUCAGCAAGUCAAGGCUUUCCUCGAAGAAGUGGCCGAAACGGGAGCCCACGAUGGCCGUGAUGUGGAGGGUUUCGUCGUCCGCUGCAGAAUGUCCCACGACCCGGCUUCGGUCCCCUACCGUGACUGGUUCUUUAAGUACAAGUUUGAGGAGCCUUAUCUCAUGUACCGCCAGUGGCGAGAGUGCACCAAGGCCUUGAUCUCCGGAAAACAACCCAAGUUCAAGAAGCACACCAAGAUCACUGAGGAGUACCUGCUUUACGCUCGGAGGCGUCUGGCCGCGGAUCCCAAGCUGGCCAAGGAUUACAACAACAACCACGGCAUUAUCUCCCUGCGUAACGAUUUCUUGAACUUCAAGAACCUCAAGGGCGCAGAUGCAGCCAAUAUGGACGAGCUGGAUCCCCUUGUCAUGACUGAAGUCACUCGUGACGUGAUCCUAUGCCCCAUUGCUACCAUCGGAUGUGGAAAGACGACAAUUGCUAUGGGCUUGACGCACCUCUUCGGAUGGGGCCAUAUUCAGAACGACAACAUCUCGGGCAAGGGCCGUCCUCCUCGGUUUACGAAGCUGGUAUUGAAUGAGCUCAACGACCAUGAUGCUGUGAUCGCAGACCGAAACAAUGCACAGAGACACGAACGAAAGCAAAUUAUCACUGAUGUCAAGCUUCAGCAUGCCACAGCCAAGCUCGUUUGCCUCAACUUUAAGCACGACGAGGAGUCGAUCGAUGCAAUCCGCCAAGUCACCCAGGAGAGAAUCAUUGCUCGAGGAGAUAACCACCAGACUAUCCAUGCCGCAAGCGACAAGGACAAGUUCCUCGGUGUUAUGGAAGGGUUCAUCAACAGAUUCGAACCUUGCAACCCCCACGCCCGCCCAGACGACGGCUUUGAUGUCGUUAUUGAUCUCGACCCAACGGCGGGCAGUCGACAGAAUCUCGAGACCGUUGUCACACAGUUGCACAAGUUUUUCCCGAACCUGGUCAAGGAAGUCCCUUCACCCGAGGCACUUGACGAUGCCAUUGAAUUCGCCCUGGGAUACAAGCCUGACUUCAGGCAUGACAUUCCUGACCGUGGAAAAAAGAACAACAAGCAGCAGCAACAACAAACGAAGACAGAGAAGAAGAGGAAGAUGGAGUAUUUGUCUGUUUCUGUCUCCAGCCAAGAGGUUAAUGCUGCCCUAGAGCGAGCUUUCAAGGGCGCAGAUUCAUCAACCUCCCGGUUCUACAUGCAACUGAAACAGACACGGCGUGUGCAGCCCAAAUUUCACGUUACUCUACUGCACCGAGCGGCUAGCAAGGACCACCCUGAUCUGUGGCACAAGUACACUCUACUUCAAAGCCAAGUAGAGGCGACUGGAAACCCCGAAGGAAAGCUGGGAGAGUGCGAUGUGAUGCUCGAGCGGGUUGUGUUCGAUGACCGCAUCAUGGCCAUCGUUGUCCGCCUGUCAGAUCAAGAUGAUCAGUGGCAGUGUGUCAACCGUGUCGCUCACAUCACGGUUGGAACUCGAGAUGACUCGGUGAAGCCAAAGGAGAGCAACGAUUUACUUGCCCGAUGGUUGGAAGUGGGUAGCUUCCCAGAAACCCAGAUUGGCGAGAUCGUCUUCACCGAAAAGCCGGUACUUAAGGGCACAGUUGCACCCGUACUGGCAAGAUUUUGA